UUUCACAUUACUUUAUUUAUACUAUACUAUAUCUUACGUCGAGGGAAACUAAGUAUAUGCUAAAUAUAUAGUUUCUGUAAUUCAAAGGUCAAAAAGUUAGCCAGCAGAUGAACUAGCUAGGCUGCUGUCCGUGUGGUGCACUAUUACUGAAGCUAGCAGGAAAGUAGACACUUAGAUGGCUGCUGUGGUGUAGUUUACGAAAUAACUGGCUACUUAGAUGUUUUUUCUUUACUUAAAAAACACUAACUGUAGCUGUCUAGGUUUAAAGGCUAAGGUUAUCUAACUAGCAUACCCAUGAAAAGUUUAGUUAGGGUUAGCUUGCUUAGCUAGGUUUUUAAGAUAUCUGCUCUAGAUAGAUAGCAUGCCAUCUGAUUUUAUUUUUUAGACUGUAUAUAAAUCGUUUAAGAUGUACUAUUGGUCCAUGCUUUAAUUUUAACAACGAUAAAGGGCCAGUGUAAUUAAUGACUUUGUUAGCUCGACUGCUAGCUGGCUAGCCUAUCUUUUCAAUUGAGAGCACUUGCUUGGCCCCAGUAUGGCUGGACCUGAGCUGCUGUUGGACUCCAGUAUCCGUUUGUGGGUAGUUCUGCCCAUAGUCUUUAUCACAUUUAUUGUUGGUGUUCUGCGUCAUUAUGUCACUCAACUUCUACAAAGCGAUAAAAAAGUAGACCUCGAACAAGUGUCUGACAGCCAGGUGUUAAUGCGUAGCCGUAUAUUGAGAGAGAAUGGGAAAUACCUCCCCAAACAGUCAUUUGCCAUGCGAAAACAUUACUUCAACAAUGCUGAAACAGGAUUCUUCAAGAAGGUCAAGAGAAAAGUGGUGCCCAAAAACCCUAUGACUGAUACCAGCAUGUUGACUGACAUGAUGAAAGGAAACCUCACCAACGUGCUGCCAAUGAUUUUAAUAGGUGGAUGGAUCAAUUGGGCUUUCUCUGGGUUUGUUACCACAAAGGUCCCCUUCCCAUUGACUCUGAGAUUUAAACCCAUGCUGCAGAGAGGGAUUGAAUUGUUGUCGCUGGAUGCAUCCUGGGUGAGUUCAGCCUCUUGGUACUUUCUCAAUGUCUUUGGGCUUCGGAGCAUGUACUCUCUUAUACUUGGACAGGACAAUGCUGCUGACCAGUCAAGAAUUAUGCAGGAACAAAUGACUGGAGCAGCUAUGGCAAUGCCACCUGACUCUAACAAGGCCUUCAAGAGUGAAUGGGAAGCUCUGGAGAUUGUUGAACACAAGUGGGCCUUGGAGAAAGUCGAGGAGGAGUUACUGUCCAAAGACCUGAACUUCCGCUGAGUUUGCCAGUGAUGUCAUUUUGUGAUUGUCCAAUAACAUUUGAAAUGUUGCUUGCUUGAUUGGCACUUUAUUGUUAUUGGAUGAUUUGUAUCUGAAAUAUAUUUCAAAUUCAUUAUAUUUAUAUUUGGACCAGAUCAUUGAAGAGCAAUUUGAUAGAUUUAUCCCUUUAUUGAGUGCUUGUGAAUGUAAAGAGUGUUUGGGAAGUACUAAUGAACUGCAAUUUCUUCUGCCACUCACCUAGUAUGCACUUUCAUUAAUGCACAACAUAUUAUAACACGUCUUCAGUAUUACUGUGGCUGGUAGUGUGUUUUGAACCAAGGAUUUAAUUUGGGUUCUUUUUUCACAGCUAGUCCUCUCAUACCACCUGUGCCUUCCUUCAUCUUCAAUUGUCUCUUCUUGUAAAAAAAAAAUGUAAAAACUAGAGUCUGAUCAGUGCCAACAUGCCUGAAAAUGUCACAAAUGAUGGAAUAAAGCAACUUCAUGAACA